CACACAAAAAAAUAUUACGGUAAUGACAAAAGUAACUUACUUUUGAAUUAAAAAGUUGUUAAAAUUUGCUACAUUAAAAGUUUUUUUCUUGUUUUGAAAAUGAAAACUUUUACUGCUACAGUUUUUGAAAAUCUCAUUGCUCACUGAUUUGAAAGUUUUUACUUUUAAUUCGACUGUAAAAUUUCUUUCAUUUUGACGUUCUCGUGUAACCGUGUACGCCUAAGUCGCAAAUGUAAACAAACACUUUGGUGGGUCUGGUGGUGCUGGUGAUUCUAGGACGCAAAGCAAAGCCGACCGCGGCAGCAGCUAGGAAUCGGACGCGGAAACCUUCGUGAGUCAAACAGCAGCAGCGGAAUGCCUUCGAAGGAGGGUGGUUCAGGAGCGGGACAAGGUCGAGUGCUCGAAAAGGACAAGGCGAGCUUCCUGCAGGAACUGCUGCUGUUCCACGACCGGAAUGGGUAAGAAGGAAGCUUGGGUGUUUUUGUGGGGUUUGUGAUUGAUUUUGUUUGUUUUUUUUUUUGUAGUAUGGGAGGUUGGAAUGUGGAUUCGCACUGGUUGUAUUGUGUGGUGGUGGCCCGGGAUUGGUGGUUGAAGGUCAAUUCGCAUGAGGACUGGGGCGAGAUCAUCGAGGAGAUGGCGCUGCCGAAGUGUUGCGUGCACAACGAGAUUGCGUUGAAGAAGAUUAACUUCCGGUUUUUGGACAAGUACGCAAAAGUUUAUUUUCACGAUGGGCCUCCGACGAAGAGGAGGACGACGAAAAGCUACAUAAUCGGAGGUGGUCAGCGCAGAUGUUGCACUCGGUGCCGGCGGUUUACAGCACCGCAACUUCCCGCCCACAAACACUCACGUCGCGACGGCGCAGCUUCAGCCGAAUGAAUCUGGACAGUGAGCCAAAAAAAAAUCUGUGUCAUUCUCGAUGUAGGAUUACGUGCUCAAAAUCGAACUCCGUUACGAGGGC